AUGUCUCAGUACGAUCGCAUUGGAGCAUUUUAUAAUGUUGUCGAAAACCUUCCUUAUCGUGCUGUUGAAAAGCACAACGUAUACAUGGCGAUCAAACCAUUGCUAACGCCAGGUAUAUCUGUUCUCGAAUUUGCUUGCGGAACGGGAUUUUAUGCAUCACACAUUCUCUCUUGGGGUGCUGAGUAUAUUACUGGCAUGGACAUCUCAUCUACAAUGCUGGAAGGUGCGGCAGUUCGUUUAUCAUCCCAAGUUGCUCGUGGAAAAGCCCGUUUUGUAGAGGGGGACGGUACAAUUCCAGCAUCGUUUGCUCCCGAUAAUAGCUACGGCCACUUCGAUCUUGCUUUUGGGGCCUGGUUUCUUAACUACGCCCUUAAUAAAGAGAAAUUAGUAGCGAUGUUUGAGAACAUCUCUCUCAAUCUCAAGUCAGGUGGGGUUUUCGUGGGGAUCGUUCCACACCCAACGGAUGACCUAGCAAAACGAGCAGAGAUUUACAAAGAAGCCGCUCUGAAUAGAUAUUUUCCACGUAAUGAAUAUUCAGACGAGCUGGAUUCGGGUGACGGCUGGAAACUAAGGGUUUUUCUAAGCGACGAUGGAGUGGACUUUAUGACUUGGCAUCUGAAAAGGAGUGUCUAUGAAGAGGCUGCAAGGUUGGGUGGCAUGAAUGGGAAGCUGGAAUGGAGGCAAGAAAUGCUGGGUGGAGAAGAUGAAAGAAAUAAGUUUGGUUUAACAGCUGAUGAAUGGCGAGUGAGAGUUGCAAACCCUCAUGCAGGUAUUUUGCUUGUUUAUAAAGAUUAA